AUGAUUAUAAAGAAAAGUAAUAAAACUUGGAAACACAUUUUAGGAAUGGCUAUGUUAAUCAUACCUACCUUAUAUUUCAAGAAUCUAAUAUUUGAUAAUUUCUUUAAUCUCAAAUUUGAUAAAUUCAAGAAAAAAAUAUACUCUAAAAAUCCCAUCCCUAAUUAUACCUUAUCAAACAAUAAUGAUAAUAAUAAUAUAGAGGAUUUUAAUAAUUAUACAAGCUUGAUUAAUUAUCAUUAG